AUGGAUGAACACUCUACUUCAGCUACUAUAGAUACAACCUUUGUGAUACACAUUAGCACAAAAAAAAAGAAAGGCUCUGACAUAUUAACAAAAUCUGGUACAUCAAAGAAGGAAUUGAGCCCUAAGGAAUCAAUCACAACUUUUUCUAAAGGUAAUUGUGAAAUCGACUUUUGUGAUACUUUGGUCGAUUUCAGUGACUUUUUUGAUAAAUAUGACCAAAGUAAUGCUACAGUGCUUGAUUUAGACCCUGAGAUUCUAAGUGACUCUGACAUUGAAAUAAUGGACAGUUCUGUUGAAUGGAAUCCUUCAAAUGGUUAUGUGGCGGGGAACAGUUUGGACCGACUCAGUUAUUGUGACUCCUCUAUCAGUGCUAGAACAAAAAGUGUUAAAUGUGAAGGUUUUUGUGGAAAAUUUUUUCAUGCCGCUUGCCAGGGCUUAUCAGCUGAUGUAGUAAAAACCAUUGAAAAGAGAAACGGUUUGUCGUGGAAAUGUAAUCCGUGCCAAUCGUAUACCAGCGAAGUGCACGAGAUUCUAGAUGCUAGACUAUCCAGCUUGGUAAACGAAAUUCAUCAGCUAUUUUCUAGUGUUCGUUCAGAAAUUCUGGAGAUUGCCGUGAAAAAAAUUAGUACUGUUGAGUUACCUGAGAUCAAUGAUAAGAAAUCGUAUUCGGCUAUUACGAAAGGAAAAUCGGCAAUCAUCAUCAAACCUAAAGAUGCAACGCAAAAUACACAAGCCACUAAAGCCGACAUGCUUCAUCACGUGAAUCCAGUCGCAGAAAAUCUUCAGCUUUCCGGUGUCAAGAACGUAAAGAAUGGGGGGAUCCUAAUUGGUUGCAAUUCUGAUGACGACAAUCUCAAGCUCAAGAAAAUUGCUGCGGAGAAGCUUUCUGACAAGUACGAAAUCAAGGAGGUUGCUGGAUUCAGUCCUAGAGUACGGGUUGCGGGUAUGACUGAAAAACAAUCUGCGGAAAACUUUAUUAAUUCCAUUAAGUCUCAAAAUAAAGAUGUGCUAAGUGAGAAAUUUGAAUGUAAGGUUAUAGACAUUAAGCCAAUCAAGAAAAGAGUUGACAUUUUCCAAGCCAUCCUUCAAUUAGACUACGGUACUUAUAAUAAAAUUAUGUCUGUCAACAAGGGUGGCUUGGCUGAGAUUGCACUCUUUUGUGUUCCUCGCCAACUUGAUGUACAGGAUCCUUCCUGCAAUCCCCCGGAGGCGUCGUUAUCGCGUCCCGGCGGCAUACACCAUCAGCGUCGCCGGUCGCCGUUUCACCGGCACGGACCGCGCCAGUUCAACCGCGCCCGUUGCGGAGCAAGUUCGCGAGACGACGCAUCCGGAAGCUUACAACACGUGCUUCGCGUCUGUGCUUUGAGUGGAUUGAGUGCUGGGGAUACAGUGGAGAGUGAGAAGGAAAAGGAGGAUGCCGCCACGUUGUUGCUGGGGGCAGUAGGGAGGAGGCGACGAUGGCGCCACGCCGGCUUGCAGCGGCGAUCAGAAAUUAGGUACUAA